AAUUCACAAUUUCACAUGUAUAUCUUGUCACAGCAUCUAUUUUUUUCUGUGAUUCACUGAACCUUUCUCCACAAACAGCCUUCCCUGUCCUUUUUCUUGGAUCCCACUUCAUUCUCGUCCAUUGAAUUAGGGUUUACUUGAGGAGAAGAGUUGAGAGAAAGAACCCAUUCCUCAAGAAUCAAGCUUUUCUUCAUUUCAGUUCAGCUUUAAGGGACAAAGUUUUGCUCUUGUUGAUAAGGUGUCCCAUUGUGAAUUUCAAGAUUUCUGGGAAUUGUAUAGAUUGGAUGGGAUUCUGGGCAUGGAAGUAGUAAAGAGGUUGUGAAUUGUGAUCAUUUGAUUGGAAGUGAGAGCUUUGGAUAAGAUGGGGAAGAAGAGAUUUUGUCUGAAUGAAGAGGAUAGGGCUGUGAUGGGAGGGGUUUUGGGAAGUGAAGCAGUGGAAUUUUUCACCUGGUUAGCUUUGAACAACAUGAAUUCAGAGUUCAGUGUCUCAGGUGGGAAUUUGGGGGUGCAGGUGGGGCUGCAGAAGAUAGUUGAGGGGUGUGAUUGGACUUAUGCCAUUUACUGGCAAGUUGCAAAGUCGAAAUCUGGGAAGUCUGCCUUGAUUUGGGGUGAUGGGUAUUGUCCAGAAGCCAUGAGGAGGAAGAACAAAGACGAGAACGGGGGCAUCGAUGGAGAUAAGAGAAAGCAAGCUCUUCAAAUGGUUCGGGCUUGCUUUGGGGGGUCUGAGGAGGAUAGGUUUGAGGGGAAGUUGGAUUCGGCUUCGGAUGUGGAGAUGUUCUAUCUCACAUCCAUGCAUUUUGUGUUCCCGUUUGAUAAGCCUUCGAGUCCUUCUCAGUCGUUCAAUUCUGGUAGAACGAUAUGGGUUUCGGAUGCCAAAAAUUGUUUAGAGCAUUAUCAGUCAAGAUCCCAUCUUGCAAAGUUGGCUCGGUUUGAGACACUGGUGUUUAUUCCACUUAAAGCAGGGGUUGUGGAGCUCGGUUCUCUGAAGUCAAUUCCUGAACAACAGAACGUUGUUCAGAUGGCACAAAAGAUGGCGGUGGUGUCUAAUGCUUCGCAGGCGAAAGCAAUUCCAAAAAUAUUUGGGCGAGAACUUAGUCUCGAGUGCCCUAAUUUGGAGGCUAUCAACACGAGUUAUCCACCAAAGGCAGAAGAAGAGCCACAAGCAUUAGGUAAUAAUCAAGUAUUUGGGAACUCAUUGAAUGGGUAUCGAAGUGAUGAUGGCGAUGGAAAACUGCCCCCACAGGCAAAUCAAGUAAUCGGUGGGGAUUUAAGUUCACAGGCCAUAAUGUCUGGCUUUGCACUAGCAAAAGAAAACGCUUCACUUGAGCCUAACGAGAGAAAACCAAGAAAGAGAGGUAGAAAACCGGCCAAUGGGAGAGAAGAGCCACUGAACCACGUGGAAGCAGAGAGGCAGAGGCGCGAGAAGCUUAACCAGCGGUUUUAUGCGCUUAGAGCUGUCGUUCCAACUAUCUCGAAGAUGGAUAAAGCAUCUCUGCUCGGGGAUGCAAUUGCAUACAUCAUCGAUCUCCAGGCAAAAAUUAGGGCCAUGGAAGCCGGGGAGGAGUUGAAAGACGGUCCACAAAGGCAGAAUGCUGUCCCCGAUAUUGAUUUUUGUCAGAGACGCGAUGAUGCAGUCAUAAGAAUAGGCUGCUCUUUGGAUGCUCAUCCGGUUUCAAGAGUCGUGAAGGCAUUUAGACAACAUCAGGUAAUGGCACAUGAAUCUAGCGUUUCAGUGACUGAAAACGACGAGGUUGUUCACACUUUCUCUAUCCGGACUCAAGGCGCUGCUGUCGAACAGCUUAAGGAAAAGCUGACCGCUUCUCUUUCGCUGUGAUUCCACCGUGUUUGUAGUACAGCGCGUAUAUGGUAACUUGUAGUGUAGGUAGAUUCUUCAGUUCAGUUUGUGAUCUGUGUACUUGUGUAUUACUUAAGAACUUUUUGCUCAUUUUGUCAUAUCUUUGUUCAGCUUAGCUACAUGCUAUUUGUAACACCUUGGAUUGUAAUAUGAAAUAUUCUUGCAAAAGAAUAAAUUCAAUUCUUCUUUUUUGA